AGUCUAUUGAAUGGUGACUGAUUGUUGGUAAAUUGCGCACUGAUAACUAAACCUAAUUAGUGAUUUAAUGAAUAAGUGUGUUGUAGUUGGUCGCUCAAAAUGUGGCGUUUUCUAUUCGUAUCCAGCUGUGUGGUUUUGUUAUCCUUGGCGGCGAGCAGCGAUAUAGUAGACUACAUUUCCAAUAGCUGCGAUAAACAUCAAUAUAUAUUCCACUUGACUGACAUUAUUUCUACCGGUCAAAAAUGUCCACAAUCAAUAGCUAAAUUACCAAACACCAUUUAUCUGCUUUACGACGUAAACCCGCCGGAAGGUUUUAAUUUGCGUCGUGAUGUCUACAUACGUUUAGCGGUAUUCGUGCGCCAGUUAGCUAGUCGCAAACCUUUCCAAAAUUUGCGUUUAGUGCUGCCGCCUUGGCGACGGCUAACUCAUUGGAAAUCUAGUCAUUUGCAACAACAUAGCCUACCUUGGGAACAUUUUUUUGAUGUCGAAAGUAUGCGACGCUAUGCACCUGUGCUAGACUUUCCCGAAUUUUUAACAGAGAUCGCCCAGUUCGGGUUACAAGAGCCACCUUACGUACAGGUGCAACAAGUGUUCCAACUAAUGAACUUUGAAUACAUGUUCGAACAGGACGUUUUCCAUGAGAAGUUUGAAUUCGAGAGCGAUUGCCGAAAAGAACAGCACCUGCAAGGCUAUCUGGUACAGCAGCCAAUGCUGCUUGAUAAUGAUUUUGUCUGCGUACGCUAUCAAGGGAGCGUGAAUUUACUCGAACGUGUGCUUCGUCAACAAUUGAAAAACAGCGUAGGACAGGCGGCAAACGAUGUCAAAGUGUACGCCAUACUCAACGCAGAGAUUGUGCUGCAUGAUCAGUGGGGCGAUAAGGAGUUUUGGCGCGCGCGUCGAUCAAUGCGCUUCGCAGAACCACUACAAAAAAUAGCUGAAGAGUAUCGCGCACGUGUGCUAAAUUCACAUAAAGCGGAUGAGCUUGUGCAGAGACCACCGAUGUGGGAGUCCGAACGCGCAUACCGUGAAGCAGUGGGCGGCGACUAUUUGGCGGUACACUUUCGACGUGGUGACUUUGUGCAUUGGCGGCAAAGAAGCACGCCCACUUUAAAGUCGGCCGCCACACAAAUACGCGAACAACUGUAUUUACUCAAUUUAACCACUGUCUACAUAGCCACCGACACCACCGCCAUGGAGUUGACCAAUUUGAAGGCGUACUUACAGCGUAUACGCGUGCGUCGCUUCACACCGGAAUCAUUGACACAAAAAGCACUCAUUAAGGAUGGUGGCCACGCAAUAGUAGACCAAAUAAUAUGUGCACACGCACGACACUUCAUCGGCACAUUUGAAAGCACAUUCAGCUAUCGCAUAUAUGAGGAGCGAGAAAUAUUGGGAUUUCCCAAACAUACCACCUUUAACACGCUCUGCAAGUAUGCAACGCUUGAAGAUUGCGAAAAGAAUUCGGUUUGGCCGAUAGUCUACUAACAAAAUGCGUUGAGGGACAACUUUAACCAAGCGCUUGUACCUCAUUUGAAGGCAUUUAAAUUGAAGUUGAAACCGAAUUUUGUACUUCGCCGCUCUAGCGGCUGACUGGUUAUUUACUUAAGCAUACUAAAGUGACAUGUGAAAGAGAUUUAAGUUCACUAACGCUAUUGGUUUUUACACUAUUUUUUAUAACUUUAUAAACGUUUCCUCGCGCUGUGUUUGAGUUUGUCAGACGUUCAAUAAUACUCAGUAAUUAAAAAAAAUACUAAUUCAAUUAUAAUAAAACGCAAUGUUUUCGAA